GCCGGUCCGGUUAGGGGGCUAGGACUGCAAACCCUCUCCAUCCACGACUGCAAGAAAACCCCAGCAACCCUCAUUCACUCUGCCUCUCACAUCAUACACACACACAUAUCAACGAGCUCUCGUUCACCAUGACUGCGAAAAACCGACACAAGAACAGCUCCGGCGAGAAGAGCGCCGCAUCCAGCCCGGAGGAUGCGUCGAAAAAGAGCCCAAAGAGUAGCACUAGUAACGGGGUGAGUGGCCCCGCACCCCAGGGGCCACGGUCGGGGAGCUGUCUGGGGCUCCUUUUUACCACUGUAUUUUAUUUGGGGUUGAUAGGAGCUGCAGGCUUUGCUGCUUUUCACUUGCAACAAGUGGUGGAGGAAAUUCGUGCCACAAGCGCAAAACAUGAAGAGAGUGCACGACAAAACGCAGAGCUGGGCAGCAAAAUGGAGAGUGUGGUUCAACAGGUAAGUGGAAAAUGAUGAGAAUCAAUGGAGGAGGGAUGAAGUGAUUGUUAACUAAUCAGCAAAACUUUCACUAAGAUCAAAAUGUAAAAUUGUUGAUAUCCAAGCAGUGUACAUCUUUGUUUUUGUCGUAUUAUAUAACCCUCCAUAAAGGUGUUGUGUUGUCAUAUGUUGUUGUAGCCUCCUGUGGGGGGCUGGGCAGUCUUGGAAAACCCUGAAUAAGGAAUUCUAAGGCUGUUUGUGCUUUUUUUGUCGAGUAAACAUCAAUAACAGUCAAGUAGAGUUUAUGAAUGAAUGACAAACUUCUGCACCAUCUCCUGUUUUCUUUCAUUUGAGGAAAACACACUUUCUGUGAUUGUUCUGAUGGUGCAGAUAAGGAUUAGUUCACAAUGUCUUUACUUUGUUUCUCAACACAUAUAAACUACCUCAAAAUGCCUGAUUGUUAUUUCUCUUUAAACAAAAAAAGAUGCAGUGUAAAUCAUCAUUUGCAAAUUACUUUGUUUUGGGUUAAUUAAAUUAAAUUAAUAAACUUCUUCCAGUCUUCCCACUUCCUAGAUUCACAGGAUGAAACCUUAUCAAGUUAUCUGCAUGACACUCAGAAGGUAUAAGGGUGUAUCUAUGCAACCCCACCAAAGUUAUAUGAUGACUCACCCCUACAUAUGCAAAUUAAGCCUUCAGGUGCAACCUGGAGUGUUGAUUCUCUUGUCAAGUCCUGUAAGGUCAAAGUAAAGCGUUUUCAAAGCAAAUGCAACAAAGUAAAUCUGCAAAUAUGUUUUAUCGUCAAGAAUAGACCACCUGUUUUAACACUGAAAAAAAUACCAAAAAAAUAUUUUGCAAAAAAUCUUCAUCCACAAGGUCCUCCCCAUUUUAAAAAAAUAUGUCACAGCUAGCCAAGUCAACUUUGUCAAUUGCUGGGGCAAUAAUAUUCAUUAAAGCAAACCCCAUGAUGCCGCUGAUAACAACUCAACUGUAAUGUCCUUUACUAUAAUCCACCAAUUUAUUAAUGCUUCUGUAAAGAGAUUUUUUGAAUUAUGAGCGAGUUUAAUUUGGAAAGUUUGAUGCCUAAAAAACAGUGCAAGAGGGUAGGUGUCAACCAUAGACUGUAUAUAGAAUGGACAGCCUCCUAGCUGGGUGAAGCCACUUCAAGAACAGCACCCUCUGGUGACAGGCUGCAGUAUAGGUCAUAACUCCCGCCUCCUCCAGCAAAGCCUAUGGAGCUGUGGACAAACUUUAGAAAUUUAUUACACAGAACAUAAUACCCUGUAGAGAGGAGCUUUAAGUAUCUCCUUCAGAGCUAUGAACACUCCGUUCUAUGCAGACGUAUUAAAGAUUUUCUGUCGUGCCAAAAUAAUUCUUAAGACUGUAGGUGGACAUCAACUGUUAGGGAAGAGACUGAACAUCUCUUUUUAAUAUGUUACAAGUGAAAUAUCUGAUAUAGAAACACGUGUGCAUGAGUAGGUAAAGCAGUAUCCUGAAUUCAGAAACUCACAUUGAUUUUUUUACCCCUGGCCUCAGGGUUUUGUGCAGUGAGUCGAAUUUUGACUGAGUAAUAUCCUGCUUAGUGAAGCAGGUGGGCUUGGAUGCAUGUUUAUGACCACAGUCAAGGUUUUUUCUUCACUUUAUAUUGAUUUUGACAGGAAAUCGUCACAUAUUUGAGAGCAUUUUUGUCUUACUUCUUGAACUUGUUUGCUUAACCUUUGUGACUAUCAGGAAGUGUGCAAAAACCAGAUCAUAUUUUGAAGUCUAAUGGUCUACCAAACAGUUUUUCCGUUGGACUGAUGAGCUGGAUGAGCGAUCACGAGCUAAAGCUGUUAUAUGCUGUUGUUUUUGCACAGGUGGAGUCUCUAGGAAGUGUUGUGAAUGGACUGGAGUCAUCACUGGGCAUCACACGGGUGGAGCUCGAAGGAGCCAUCACCCGGAUGAAGAGGGGCGAGGUAGAGAUGAGAAAGGUGGAGGAGGCCCUUCAGAAGCUCCAAAACAACUUACUCAAGGACCUGUCAGACAGCAUCAGUGAGGUGAAGGAGGCCAGAGAGCGAGAUUUCUCAUCUCUGGAGAAAACUGUAGAGGAGCGUCUGGCUGAGGUGAGUCAGUCCAUCAAAGCCAGUGUUGCAGAGUUCACAGAAGCUCAGGGAGAGGCGCAGAGCCAGCUGGCUGACCUCAAGGCCCGUCUAGGUGACAUGGAGGACCCCACGCUCAUCAAACAGGAGCUCACCACCAUUGUCAACACUGUAGCUGAAGUCAAAACCGCCUCAGAUGCUUCCAGCGCAGCAGCAGAUUCUCUCAGGCAGCAGAUCGGUGCAGUUAGGGAAGAGCUGCAAAUCCGUAACAAGGAAGUCGCCUCCUUGUCUGAGGAAGUAGAAACAGUGAGGUCUGUGACACAAGAGCAUAUUGCGAGUCUGAGGACGUCGCUGUCUGAGACAGAGACUGAAGUCCAGGCUCUGAAGGACAAGAGUGAGACCUUGGAAGCUGGUGUGCAGCAGGCGACCGAUGCUGUCCAGAACGCAGAGAAGCUGGCGAAUGAAGCAGCUGCUCAGGCAAAGAGAUCAGGGGACGACUUGGAGGUCAGAGUCAAAGCAGCAGAGGAGAGCGGAGAUUCACUGUCAGCCUCAGUAGCAGACAUCAACACAAGAAUGGAAUCACUUUUCAGCAAAUACGACAGCCAUGAAAGUGCUCUGACCAUGCAGGGACAGGCGCUGGAGAAGGCUCAAACCGGCCUCGAGCAGGAGAUGGAGACACUGAAGAGCAGCUUGGAGGAGGUCAGGGCUUCUCUGGAUGAUGGCACCCAGAGCAAGCAAACUUCCCAGGACUCCAGUGUGAGCAACCUGGAGAAGAGGAUCGUCGCUCUGGAGGGCAGCGGGAAAGUCAAACCAGAGCAGCUGGACAGCUUGGCAAACAUGGUGGCAGGUUUGGAAGCUAAAGCAGCGAAGCUGGAAGGUCACGAUAAGGCGAUUUCUGUGUUACAGAAAGCCCUGAAGGACACCACAGAGACCCUGGCAGGUUUGUCCAAAACCCAGGGAAAGAAGAAAAAGUAAGGGUUUACAAUUAAAGGUGAGAUAACCAAAGCAUGGACAAUAAAGAUUUCCAAAGAGUGCCAAUUGAUCAUUCAAGCACAGCGGACAUUGCUGUACCAGUUUUGUACAACUGUGUUUCAGGGUAUUGGUUUCAAGUGAUCCUGACAGUCUACGAUCAACCUACAACUUUCAGAUUGACCUGCAGCCUGAAAAGGCAAAAGCUCGAGAAAAUUCAGGAUCCACAACACUCACUGUUAUUUAUAGUCGCUGAUGGGUAUCAUGUAUUCAGUUUCAUCUUCAAAUAUGGCCAAGUGUUGAUGUCGACUUUUAUUUUGCCUUCUCUUUUAACCUGGUCUCCUUUAAAGCAGUAAAAUGUUGCCAGUCAAACUUCAGAGUGGACGAGUAACAGCCUUCAAGCUCUCCACCCUGAGCAUUACGACAGAGCAAAACUGCUGCCAUUAUUUUGUGGUGUGUACCUCACUUUUUUUCUGUUUUUAUGAAGAAUCUUUUCCUCGAACUUGAUGGUUGAUAUUGCACAUUUUAGUAGCGAAAAAAAAAAGUUCAGACAGGAGAGCAAGUCAGAGCUGGACUGCUGAUCUGUGAAUUCAAACUCAAACUCAUUCUGCACUGUAGUUUUUCUACUUCUGAUGUCUCUGGGGUUUUUUAAUGUUUCAUGCAAAUGUUGUUUUGUUGUUUUCUAAACACACCAAAUACAGUAAUGAGCUCUUUUGGAGCACUCCACUUUUUUACUGUUUUUUAAAACAAGAAUAAAGCUCUUGUUGUUGACCCAAA